GUCAUCCGGUUGUUUUUACACUAAUCAAAUUACUGUUUCUCAGUAAAAUAAGUAAUGUCAACUGGAUUAUUUCCUUUAUUUCACUGAAGUAAUAAAGCAUCUACCUUUUAAGACAACAGUGCUCAAGAUUACCAAGAAGUCAAGUCAAUGGGUGAUAUGAAUAAAAGACUAUAUACAGAAUAACAAGACACAAUAUCAAUCCUGAAUGAUGCGAAAAGCAAUACUAGGAUGUACUUCGGUCUAUUUGAACAGACCAUGUGGACAGAUCCUUUGCCAGGGAUUCAGGAAUUCCCAUGGCCACUCUAUUGGCCUGUCAGCUCCUGCAUGCUCGAGGUUCACCCAUUCACAUCAAGGGAAUAGCAGAAGUAGUGAUGUGAUUUCUCGACAUUCCAAUCACCUUGAGUUGGCCCAUGAAGGAGAGUCAACCAUGCUCAAUUUCUUCUGGCUUCGCGACCAUUGCCGAUGCCCAUCCUGCUGGAAUGCCAAGACAUUGCAGAAGAAUGUUCGGUUUCAAGACAUCAAUCCAAAUAUUUCACCAGCCAAGUUCCUUAUUGAAGGAGAGAGUCUAAAUGUCGUUUGGCCUGAUGGUCAUAACUCUUCCUAUUCACUUCCGUGGCUCUUUGAGAAUGAUCCCAAGCGCUCCCUCGUCUCGAAAGUCAAGAAGAUCCUUUGGAACGGGGAAAGCUACAGUAGCUUGAAGAUCGAGAGAGUCAAAUACAAUGACUUUAUGAAUGAAGAAGAAAGUAUGAAGAUUUUCUUGAAAAAUUUAGCAAUGUAUGGAUUUGCUUUUGUGGAUGAGGUGCCAGCCGACCUUGAACACACCCAGAAAGUUUCUGAGCGAGUCGGUCCCAUUCAGGACACAUUGUUUGGCAAAACGUGGAGUUUUGAGGCCGAUGGUUCAAGAGCUGAUACGGCAUACACGAACAUCGCCUUAGGGGCUCACACAGACAUGACUUACUAUCAACACACUGCGGGCAUCCAAGUUUUCCAUUGUCUUUACCAUGAUGGUAAAGGAGGUGAAACAUUGAUGGAAGACGCCUUCUACUGUGCAACAAAACUCAAGGAGUCCAACCCAGAGGCCUAUGAUGUGUUAGCCAACACGUACGUCCGUCAUGACUACAUUGAACCAAGCCACGGGCAGCACUCGCAAAGUUUAGCGACCAUCAUUCAACACCAUCCACUAACAAAAGAGAUUGAGCAGUGCAGAUACAAUAACUAUGAUCGAUUGACCGUCAACACAAUCCCUCACGACCAGAUAAUGAAAUUCUAUCAUUCCGUCAAGGCGCUAUCCGAUAUUGUUGAGGAUGACACAAACGUGCAUUAUGAGAAAUUGUGGCCGGGUUCAGUGAUUUUUCUGGACAACUGGCGUGUGAUGCAUGGAAGGAAGGCGUUCACUGGUAAACGGAUCGUUGGUGGAAAUUACUUGGGAAGGGAUACUUGGACCAGUCGAGCACGAGCUCUUGGUGUUAUAUAAGUCUGUUUCAAGAAAAACUGGCACUUUGAUUUCUGGUGAUUUUUACGCAGAAAGUGCUAAUCUUAAGAAAAUGUGAUAUUCUAUCAGAAACUUUGAAGUCCAAAGUAUCUAAAAAAACUUGCUUUGCCAGGAUUGGACCAAGCAUGACCAUGACCAAGCCAUUUGAACUUAAAUACUGACAACUUUCUCCAGGCAUUUUAGGUGUUUUUGCAUGCAGUGCCGUUUUUGGUGAAAGGAAGUCUAAACAUGUCCAUGAGUACAUCGGUGCUAUUCAUGCUUCUGUGCAUGGAAAGAUUUGAUCUCCAAACCAAAACUGCAGAUGUACAUACAUGUAUUAGUGGGAUAAAAUAAUACCCUUGUGAUCAGUAGUUUGGCCCAAAGCUCCUGUAUGUAGUCCUCCUUUAAAGGGUGUACACUGCAGAAAUUUAAAGCUUUUGCUUUGUAAUGUAUUACACUGGUGGCGAUUAAACUGUACACACUGUUCAACAGUGGUUUGGUUUGAAAAUAAAGUCAAAUUAUGAUGAA